AGUAUUUCAGUCAAGGGGCUGCGUUCCGACAACCUCGGGAAGUCUUUUUACGGUUGUGAAGCGAAGGAACGGACGCACAUAUCGUAUCGCAGCAAAGAAUUUGCAAUCAUGGUGCUGUUGCACGUGCUGUUCGAGCAUGCAGCAGGGUAUGCACUGUUCGUAGUCAAGGAGGUGGAAGAGAUUGGUAUGCUUUUGCCUCAGGUUGAAGACUGUGUUCUGAACAUUGGCAAAUUCAAUGGUAUGGUGAGCCUGGCGGCUUUCUUCCCAUUCAAGUCUGCCCAGGCUGCUCUAGAAAACAUCAAUGCCAUAUCAGAAGGGGUGGUCCACGCUGACCUGAAACUGUUCCUGGAGACCAACCUGCCCAUAGGGGGUAAGAAAAAGGCCACCCUGGGGGUGAGUGAUGCCAAAAUAGGAGCAGCCCUACAGGAGGAGCUGGGUCUGUCCAUACAGACGGGAGGAGUGGUUGCAGAGAUACUGAGAGGAGUGCGCCUCCACUUCCACUCCCUGGUGAAGGGGCUGACGGCCCAGGCGGCGUCCAAGGCCCAGCUGGGUCUCGGCCACAGCUACUCAAGGGCAAAGGUUAAGUUCAAUGUCAACAGAGCGGACAACAUGAUCAUCCAGUCGAUCGCCCUCCUGGACCAGCUGGAUAAGGACAUCAACACCUUCUCCAUGCGUGUGCGUGAGUGGUAUGGCUACCACUUCCCGGAGCUGAUCCGGAUCGUGCCAGACAACUCCACGUACUGCCGACUGGCUCAGCUGAUCGGCAACAGAAAAGAGCUGAGUGAGGAGAGCCUGGAGGCGCUGGAGGAGGUGGUGAUGGAUGGCGCCAAGGCCCAGGCCAUCCUGGAGGCGUCGCGCAGCUCCAUGGGCAUGGACAUCUCUCCCAUUGAUCUGAUCAACAUCGAGAGGUUCUCCAACCGUGUGGUGUCCCUGGCUGCCUACCGGCUGGAGCUUCAGGAGUACCUGCGCUCCAAGAUGAGCCAGGUGGCCCCCAACCUCGCUGCCCUCAUUGGGGAUGUGGUGGGAGCGCGUCUGAUCUCUCAUGCCGGCAGCCUGACCAAUCUGGCCAAGUAUCCGGCCUCUACUGUGCAGAUCCUGGGCGCUGAGAAAGCCCUGUUCAGGGCUCUGAAGACCCGCGGCAACACCCCGAAGUACGGCCUGAUAUUCCACUCGACUUUCAUUGGCCGCGCCGCUGCCAAAAACAAAGGACGCAUCUCCCGUUACCUGGCCAACAAGUGCACAAUUGCCUCACGAAUCGACGCCUUCUCUGAGUUGCCCACCUGUGUGUUUGGCGAUAAGCUGCGCGACCAGGUGGAGGAGCGCUUGUCCUUCUACGAGACGGGCGAGGCGCCUCGCAAGAACCUGGACGUCAUGAAAGAGGCUGUGAUACAGGCUGGAGAAGAGGCGGCCCAGAUUAAGAUAAAAAUGGAGAAAAAGGAGAAGAAACGCAGGAAACGUGAGAAGAAGCUGGCAUCCCUCUCCACGGGAGACGACGAGGUGGAAGACGCCAAUGGCAAAGUGGAGGCGAACGGAGAGGCUGUGGUAAAGAAGAAAAAGAAAAAGGCAGCUGAUGAGGUUGUCAAAAUGGAGGAAGAGGCCCUGGCAGAAGAGAAUGGAGACACACCGGCCAAGAAGAAAAAGAAACGAAAGAGUGAAGCUAUGGAUGUGGAGCCGGAGGCUGAAGAGGCCCCAGAGACGCCACAGACAGAGAAGAAAAAGAAGAAAAAGAAAAAAGAAGCUGAAUAGAGGAGUUGGUCAAGAAUGAAUAUUUUUCUGUUUUGUACAGUUUUUGUUUUAGCGUUGGACUUGCAUCAUCCGAGUAGGUUGGAUGCUGAUUUGUAAUUUGUAUCUCAAUUUUAUACUUUCCCCUCCCGAGCCUCAAAGCACUUUACACUGAAAAUGAAUAUUCAGCUCAGUGCCUUGGUGUUUGUGUACUCCCAUCGUGCAUACAUGUAAAUACUCAUGGCCACUUCCUCAUAUGCUUUAACUUUCCGAGUAAAGGUGAUACAUAACCCACCUAUUGUCUCAGUAUUUCGUUGCGGCUAAUGCUUUCAAGAGUUCGUGUCACUGUAGCAGUUCAACUGAUUUGUGAGCCAGAAAUGCCCGCAGCUUGUUCUGCACGCAGUAAAGUCCAUCAACCUGGGUUGAUGUUCCAGUCUCAGCUUGGCAUAGUACUGCAUGUCUCAAAAACAUGACUGCUCAAUAUCUGGAAUAAUGACUAGAUGUGAUGUUAUGAAUACCUUUUCUAGGUGAUUAGUUUCCUGCAUCAUCAUGGCCAUACAAGUAUGUAAAUACAAUCUUAUGAAACUGCAAUAAAUGGUUUGGUUUUAACA